AUGUCUUCGGACGAAGACUACGAGUCAGUGAACGCAAGCCAUGGAAGCGGUGGCCAAAGACAGGCCGAAGAGGAAGAGAUGUCAUCGAAGUUGACGUCAAUUCUGUUCGGAAACAUCGACUCAAACGGCAAUCUCUUGGACGACAUCUUCGACGACGACUCGAAGAGACACUUGUCGUCACUCCGGAGCCAUCUCUUGUCGUACAUCCCGUUCAACGAUAUCGUCGACAACAACAGCACCGAAGACGACGACAACGAGAGCGGACUCGAAGACAACGAGCCGUCUGAGUCUAAGCCCAGCGCCGCCGCCGACGGGAAGCCCACCACCGAUGGACACAACGGCAAAGACAACACCGAUGUCUCCACUCGUCGGCGAAGGGAUAGUAAUGACAGCUCUUAUGGCUCUCAGAGUCAGCCGCUGUUGACGACCGCCGGCGCCGACAACAACACCGCCAAUGGAGACAAGUCUGACGACUAUGAUUUCAGUGAGAAGUCGUCGAAUGCCAUCGACUUUUCCGAUAUCAAUGAGUUGUUUGAUGUGAGCGCUGAUGAGGAGAAGAAGUUUGAAGAAUCCAUUAGACUGUCGUCUAAACCGUCUAAAGUAAAGGUGGAAGAAGACGACGAUUACGACACUCCUAGCGAUACAUCAGAGCUUAAACUAGACAGCGAUGGCUUCAAAAUACCCGAUAAACUGCUUGUCAAACGAGAAUUACCCGCUCUUUCGCUGCUAUUGACACCGAAUGCAAGCAUUGAAAUCAAAGAGAAUGGCGAACAGAAGCAGAAAAAACUGGACACACCGUUGGCAGCGAUGUUGCCCUCGAAAUACGCCGAUCUGGACGUCACCGAACUGUUCCCCGAAUUCAGACCGAAUCAAGUGUUGCGCUUCUCUCGUCUGUUCGGACGCGGAAAGCCUUCAAGUCUUCCACAGCUUUGGAAGAAUGUUAAGAAUAAAAAGCGAAGGAAAUUAAUAGAUAUCAUUAGACAUGAAUCGGAAUCGGAAGAGCACUCAUCCGAUGAGGACUCUAAAUGGCGGCUCAACUUCGGGCCGACGCCUCCGCCCGAAAUGGUCGAAGAGGACGACGAAGAGAAGCUUAAGAGAGCGCUAGAGUUGAAGAAUUAUAGCGGACGACAAGAGACCACCUCUAAGGACGACAACAACCAAAACGUGGCGGACUGGAGGUACGGUCCGGCGCAGUACUGGUACGACACACUCAACGUUCCCGAAAACGGCGACGGCUUUGACUAUGGCUUCAAAGUACGCAAAACUGACGCCUAUAUCGAUGAGGAAUCGCCGGUCGACGACAACGACGACAGCAUCGAUGCCGACGACGCCUACCAUAUGGUGACACAAAUCCAAUGGGAAAACGAUAUCAUAUGGAAUGGCGACGAAGCGAAGCAAAAGAUUUUGGCCAAAUUGAACGACAAGAACCACGCGGCCGGUUGGCUGCCAUCGAGUCUCAACAGAACCGCGUCGGCGUUCACUCAACAUUUGCGCGGAACGGUUCCGCCGACGCCCAUACUCAGCAAAACCAAUAUUACCGGCAAAAAGGGUGAGAAGAAAGUUGAGAUACAGGAGGCGCCCGACAACACGUGGUAUUCCAUAUUUCCCGUCGAGAAUGAAGAGCUAGUCUACGGCUGUUGGGAGGAUGAGGUUAUAUGGGAUUCGGAGGCCAUCGACAAAGUGCCUGAACCCAGAAUAUUAACACUCGACCCGAACGACGAGAAUAUAGUGCUCGACAUUCCCGACGACAUCGACCCGAACGCAGAGCACUCGAAGUCCAACACUGCGCCCAAAGAGAAGAAAGAUAUGGUCAGAAAGUCUCGGCUAUUGUUAGGCAAAGCCGGUGUUAUCGCCGAACCCGAGAUGACAAGCCCUCCGUCGCCGACCAACACAGAGAAAGAUCCGUUCAAUAUAUCAAACGACGAGUACUAUAACCCGAAACUGACGACAGAUGUGGCGUUAAAGUCAAACGUUGGCGCAAAUCUCAUACAACACUCCAUACCAGCGCUCGAAUUACGGCAACCAUUUUUCCCCACAUUUUUAAAUUACCAGCGAUUGCGAGCUUUUCACAGGCCGUCACUGAAACGCUAUUCGCACGGAGCGGUGGCCGACUCGUUGCCACACGGCGUCGGCCCUCUUCUCAAACACAUCAAACGAAAGGCCAAAAUGCGAGAACAGGAACGGAUCGACAGCGGAGGCGGCGAAAUGUUUUUCAUGCGAAGGCCGGACGAUCUGACCGGAAAGGACGGCGACAUUAUUCUGUGCGAGUUCUCCGAAGAGCACCCGCCACUUGUGAUGCAGGUGGGAAUGGCCACCAAAAUUAAGAACUACUAUAAAAGGAGACCGGGCAAAGACACGGGCGCUCCCGACUACUCGUACGGCGAGACAGCGUUCGCCCACACGUCGCCAUUUCUCGGCAAUUUAACGCCCGGACAGUCGCAGCAGGCGUUUGAGAAUAACUUAUUCCGGGCGCCCAUAUAUGACCACCAAAUGCCUGAAACAGAUUUCCUAAUCAUUAGAACCAGAGAAAGUUAUCACGUGCGCGAAGCGGAGACCAUUUUUACUGUGGGACAGGAAUUGCCACUCUAUGAAGUGCCCGGACCUAACUCUAAGAAAUCAAACAAUUUCAUCAGAGAUUUCUUACAAGUAUUCAUAUACCGGCUCUUCUGGAAGAGCACCGAUAGUCCGCGUCGUAUCAAAAUGGAGGACAUAAAGAAGGCCUUCCCCUCGCAUUCCGAGAGUUCAAUCCGUAAACGGCUUAAGUUAUGCGCCGAUUUCAAGAGAACAGGCAUGGACUCAAACUGGUGGGUAUUGAAGCCCGAGUUCCGGCUCCCCUCCGAGGACGAGAUCCGGGCGAUGGUCUCUCCCGAGGCGUGUUGUGCCUACUAUUCGAUGAUCGCUGCGGAACAGCGACUCAAAGACGCCGGUUAUGGCGAGAAGUUUAUGCUCGCGGCCGAAGACAUCGAGGACGAGGACGUCCAGAUGAAAAUGGACGACGAGGUAAAGGCCGCGCCUUGGAAUACGACCCGUGCGUUCAUAUCGGCCAUGAAAAGCAAAUGUCUGCUCCAAUUGGCCGGAGUGGCCGAUCCCACCGGUUGUGGCGAAGGCUUCUCUUACGUCCGCAUUCCUAAUAAACCCCAACAAUCAAAGGAAGAGAGUCAGAAGGAAGCGGCGCCCAAAAAGACGGUCACCGGAACUGACGCUGAUUUGAGACGAUUGCCGUUAAAUCAAGCGAAACAGUUGCUCAAAAAGUUUGGCGUUCCCGACGAUGAGAUCAAGAAGUUGUCGCGUUGGGAAGUGAUAGAUGUGGUGCGGACUCUGUCGACAGAACAGGCCAAACAACAGGGCGAAGAGGCGGCCGACACGAUGAGCAAAUUCGCGCGCGGAAACAGAUUCAGUAUCGCUGAACACCAGGAGAGGUACAAAGAGGAGUGUCAGCGCAUAUUCGAGCUCCAGAAUCGGGUCCUCUCUAACAAAGAGGAGUUGUCCACCGAUGAGGACGAGAGCGAAGAGGAGGACUCCGACAUCGAAGAGAUGGGAAAGAAUAUCGAAUCGAUGUUAGCCAAUAAGAAGACCAGUCAUCAGAUCUCGCAGGAGAGAGAAGAGGCCGAACGCCGAGAGCUUCAGAAAUUGAUUUACGGCGAAGAGUCGAAUCCCGGAGAGAACAAGAAGAGGAAACUCGACAACAAGGAUGACGACACCGACGACGCCAUGAGUUUGAGUUCAUCUGUCGGACGCAUUCUGAAGAUUUACCGAACGUUUCAGAAUUCGGACGGAAAAGAAUACGUUCGCAUCGAAACCGUCCGCAAACCCGCCGUAAUUGACACUUAUGUCCGAAUCCGUACCACAAAGGACUCGACUUUCAUCAAACAAUUCACAUCCACUUUAGACGACCAGAAAAAGGAGGAAAUCCGACGCGAGAAGAGACGAAUUCAGGAACAGUUGAGACGAUUGAAGCGCAAUCAAGAGAAGGAUAAGUUGGCCAAUAGUUGGCGCCAACAGAUGGGCAUCACUUCGACGGACGGCAACGAAUUCUCGACAAUCUUCGCGCCGCCGACGACUCCGACCGUCACUCCAACCAAAUCUCCUAAAGAGCCAAAAGUGAAGAAAAUUAAGAAAGAAAAGGAAAUCAACGUUAAGCUCAAGUGCGGCGCCUGUGGGGCCGUCGGACACAUGCGGACCAACAGAGCGUGUCCUCAAUUCAAGGGCACUGAUAUCGUACCUCCGGUUCAGGUGGCGAUGACUGAGGAACAGAUGGAAGACGAGGAGAGACACGGACUCAUUGAAGAUCAUUUGGUGAAAGUGGACGACACGAAAGUGGUUCUGUCCAAGUCGUUGAUCACUCACAUGGAAGACGUGAAGAGUAAAGCGCUGAAACUGAAAAUCCCGAAACAGGCGUUGGCUAUGAAGCGAAGACGAAGGGCCGGUACUGUCGAUCACUGCGAUUAUCUCCAAAAACCCGAUUACAAGUCGGCCAACAGGAGACGCACCGAUCCAUUGGUCACUCUGUCCGGCAUUCUCGAGGAAGUGCUGAAUGAGAUGCGAGAUUUACCCGACACUACGCUAUUCCAUACGCCGGUCAACCCGAAGACUGUUCCCGAUUAUCACAAACUUAUCAAAGAACCCAUGGAUUUGCAAACGAUUCGUAAUAAGAAUCGAGAGAAGAAGUUCACGUGUAGAGACGACUUCCUUCAAGAUGUCAAUCAAAUCAUUGAGAAUUCGAGGCUUUAUAACGGAAUCAACCAUUCGUUGACUUUUACGGCACAGAAAAUGAUGGAAUUGUGUCUCAAAAGGUUCAAAGAAAAGGAGGAAAAGUUGAUGCGAAUCGAAAAGGCUAUCAAUCCAUUGCUCGACGACAACGAUCAGGUUGCCUUCUCUUUCAUACUCGAGAAUAUUCUGGACAAACGUCUGAAGAUAAUACCCGAGUCGUGGCCUUUCCAUAAGCCGGUGGACAAAAAGAUGGUGAAAAACUAUUACGAAGUGAUCGAGAGACCCAUUUCGCUGGAAGAGAUGGAGAAGAAUGUAAAACAACAUAAAUACCAAUCGCGGGAUAUGUUCUUAGAGGACGUGGAGCUCAUAUUCAAGAACAGCCAACAGUAUAACGGCGUCGACAGUCAGUUCACCAAAAAGGCCGCAGAGAUCGUGGAGGCGGCCAAAGAGUGGGUGAAUGUAUACGACGAACAGUUGACAGUUCUGGAACAGGCCAUCGUUGACGCCAAAGAGAAGGCCCUCGAAGACGCCGACACCGACUCCGUUAUCACCGGUUUCUCCAAAGAAGGCGGCGAAGACAUGCUGUCGACGCGUCCGCCCUCUUCGGCGGCGCUUAGCUAUCGAGACACUGAUGACAACGCUUUGGAUUAUUUCGAUGAGAACAGCGAAGACAAAGGCGUCCGACACUCAGCGGUCAACGAUCUCGAUAUGAGUCCCGAUAAUAGCGAUAACGAAGAGAUGGAAAUCGUGGCCAACGAUAACGAUAAUGAGGCCGAGGAGGACGAGAACGUGAUCGACGAGAGCUACGAUCCGUCGGAGUUCCUGUUCUCGAGUUUCCCCAAACCCCAGUCCGAACCCCAAUCACCAGCUUAUACACCGUAUACGACGCCCUCUUCAUCGACACCAUUCCCAUCGACACAGCCGUCGGCCGUCAAUGUGUCCAACGAUUUGGCCGUUUCUGACUCGGACUCUGAGCCCAACGAACCGACUGUUACGCAAACCACUAGCGAAGAGCACAACGACGAGGACAAUGACCUCUGGUUUUAGAUACAACUUAUAUUUAUUUGUAAAUAAUAAUUAUAUUUAUAUGUUUUAAAGACAUUGAACUUAAAUUAGAG